CCGCGUUGCGUGUCUCAGAGCCGGAUGUGGAUCACGGGUUCGCAGUCUGAAGUAUGGCGGCGUCAGAAGAGGUGACGUUUUUCGUUGUAAACAACAUUCCCGCUCAGUUCCGAUCCGCAGAGCUGAGGAACUAUUUCAGUCAGUUUGUCGAGAGUAAAGGCUUCGCGUGUUUCCAUUACCGCCAUCGACCGGAGCUUCGCUUGCAGACCGCGGACAAUAACGGAUCUCGCGAGAAGAGCGCGGGGGUGAAAACUUGUUGUUGUGUGGUAUCAGUUCGCUCUCGGGAAUCAGACAGAUUCGUGAAGAUGUAUUUGGGGAACCACUGGAUCGACUCUAAAGGAAACUGGCUGAGGAGAAAGUGUUUGAUCCGGAGAGUCAGAGUAUCGGAGCAGGCCGAGCAUGAUUCAUUCCCAUACAAGACGAAGUCUGAGAUGAGACGGCACAUCGCCCAAUCAGAGCACUUCACACUGUCGGACCUCAAGGGCCUGCCGGAGCUCAAUCCACCCUCUCUCAUGCCGGCCGGGAAUGUUGGCACCCCUGUCAGUGUUUUCCUGGAGCUCAUCCAGUCCUGCCGUCUCCCGCCACGGCUCAUCCGCAAGCUAGGGCUCACAUUCCCCAAGACGGGCUCGAGUCGCCGCUACGGGAAUGUGCCCUACAUGUAUCACAAUACGGCCACCGUGAGCCCCUCGGAGGAGAGCGUCUUCACCGCCGGAGGAGUCGAGAUCUCGAGGCCCAGCCGCCUGUACACGCCCACAAGCUCACAGAGAGAAGAUAAGGACAUGGCAACAAGCUCACAGAGAGACGAUAAGGACACGCCCACAAGCUCACAGACGGUAGAUAAGGACACGCCCACAAGCUCACAGACGGUAGAUAAGGACACGCCCACAAGCUCACAGACGGUAGAUAAGGACACGCCCACAUGCUCACAGACGGUAGAUAAGGACACACCCACAAGCUCACAGACGGUAGAUAAGGACACGCCCACAAGCUCACAGACGGUAGAUAAGGACACGCCCACAUGCUCACAGACGGUAGAUAAGGACACACCCACAAGCUCACAGACGGUAGAUAAGGACACGCCCACAAGCUCACAGACGGUAGAUAAAGACACGCCCACAAGCUCACAGACGGUAGAUAAGGACACGCCCACAAGUUCACUGAGAGAAGAUAAGGACACGCCCACAAGCUCACAGACGGUAGCUAAGGACACACCCACAAGCUCACAGACAGUCGAUAUGGACACGCCCCCAACAGGCUCAGAGACAGAUGAAGAGGACCCGCCCAGUUCUCCACUUGUCAAUCAAGAGUCGCAGGAAGCAGGAAGUGAAGAGGAGCUGUCCGACCCUGAUGAUGACGAUGACCGGUGUGAGGAGUGGGAGCGUCACGAGGCCCUCCACGAUGAUGUCACCAGUCAGGAGCGCUCUAAAGAGAGGCUGUUUGAGGAGGAGAUCGAGCUCAAGUGGGAGAAGGGCGGCUCGGGCCUCGUCUUCUACACAGACGCUCAGUUCUGGCAGGAGGAGGAAGGAGAUUUCGAUGAGCAAACAGCAGACGACUGGGACGUGGAUAUGAGCGUCUACUAUGACCCAGACGGAGGAGACAUGGACUCCAGAGAUUAUGUGCGCAUGCGCUCUGAGAGGAGGCUGCGGGACGGUCUGGACGGUCUGCCGGGACGCCAGCAGAAAAUUGGCAGCUUUGAGCGCUUUACGAAGGGAGUGGGCCGGCGUGUGAUGGAGAAGCAGGGCUGGAGGGAGGGAGAAGGCCUCGGGAACAGCCGGAGGGGAAUGUCGGAAGCACUGGAGAACGAAGGCCAGCAUCCCAACUGUAAGAGAGGCUUCGGGUAUCACGGAGAGAAGCUCAGCUCAUACCUUCCACUUAAAAAGCCCAGAAAAGACUUUCACAUCUCCACAGUUUAUGAUGAACCUAAAGACAUUGAUAGAGGCGAUGAAGUGCUGCGGCGUCAACCUGGCACCAGCCUGAAGUACAGACACCGCUGAACACUAGUGAUGUGCACUACUGAUGAAACAAUGACUGUUUUUACACAGAGCUCUGCAUUAUUAUUCUGUAAUUAUUGUAUUAAAGUUUUCAACAGAAAAAAA